AUGCGGCGCCGUCUCCUCUUCUUCUUCCUCGUCCUCCUCCUCGCGGCGUCGCGCGUUCACGUCCCCGCCGCGGCGGCGGACGUCGAGCGGCGCGAGGGCGCGAGCGCCCCGGUCGAUGAUGAGCGCGAACCAGAUUUUAAACUCGAGGUGCCCGAUCCCCCCGGCGGCCUCGGCGAGGACGACCCGCGCGUGCAGAGCUGGCGAUUCUCCGUUCGCGACGCGCUGAAGAGACGAUGGUGGAGCCGCAGGACGACCCCGGCGGAGCACUGGGAGACGGUCCCGCACGCGCGACGGCGAAUAUUAGGCGUGGACGACGAGAGCGCCGCGUACAGCGGGUACAACUACCCGGGCUCGACCGGCGAGGACGACCGCCCGUACGUGUUCCCGGCCACGACGCCGCCGUCCCCGCCGCCGCCGUCGCCGCCGCCGCCGUCGCCGCCGCCGCCGCCGGGAUACGUCGCGCCGCCGCCGCCGGUCGUUCCGCCGCCGCCGUAUCCGGUGAUUCGCGCGCGCGCGUUUCGCGCGACGGAGGAGGCGACGCUCGUGGACCUGUUCGUGGACUACGCCGGGUUCGGCCCCAUCUUCGACGCGGUCGAGCGGUACUACUACGGCCUGACGGCGGAUAACGUGAAAGGACCGUUCGACUAUCCGAUCUUCCACGACGGCGAGGCGCCGAACGAAACGUCCGCGGCGGAGGACGACGACGCGGCGCCGCGGUGGCGGUACACCGCCGCGGGGUGGUCCGAGACGCGGCACGCCCAGCUCGCGUCCGUGCCGAUGCACGUCGAAACCGUCUACGUGUCGUUAUCCGAUUGGAACGGGACGGUGUUGGGGAACGUCACCGCGGUGCCGAUCGAGGACGCGAGUCACAUGGUGUUGUCUCUCGGCGCGGGGAACGGCAAACGCGUGCACGUCCGGACGUUGUUCGAGCUGACCAGCGCGAUGCGAGACCCGCGGGUGAACGCGAUCGUCUUGGAGAACCACAUCGCGCUGGGGGGCACCGCGCUGCCGCUGAUCAGCGGGAACAGGGAGCUCGCGAUAAUCGGGAUGUGCGACGACCCGAACGGGUCGCCGUGGCCGAUCCCCGCGACGGAGUGGGCGACGGCGUUUCCGAACGAGACCGCGCCGCCGCAGCGGCGGCGACGCGCGUUGCUCUCGUCGCGGGCGCGCCGCCGACGGCUGCUAUCAUCGAGCGUGGAGUACGACGCCGUGACCGCCGCGCGCGACCGCGCGUCGUUCCAAGGCUCGAUGGAGUACACGGAGGAACAGGUCGAGAAGCUGCUCCUCGCGCAGCGGGCGAGUUUGGAGUAUCAGUCCACGCUGACGAUCGACGAGAUCAUCAAGCGCGCGGAGAACAAAGUCGAAGUCCAACCGAACUGGUUCUUCUCGUACAACGCGUGGGCGAACGAGACCGGGGACUUGUUCGAGCGCGGGACGCGCUUCGACGGCGGGUACGUCAUGCCCGAGGACUUCUACCCGGGGACGUACCACGAGCACGCCAAGUUUGGCGCGCGCGGAUACCCGAGAGGCGGGCCCGGGAUGAACGUGUCGUACAACUACGAAAACUGCACGAUGGACGCGUCGAACGCGACGUUCGUGAUCCCACUCACCGGGCGGUGCGUCGUCGACGGUUUGAUGCUAUCGAGGCUGUUCGCGGUCGGGGAUCCGUCCGACGUGAACUGCGCGUCCAGGAUCAACGCGAAGCGCGGGUACGCGCAAGGCGCGGCGGGCGGCGCCGCCGCGACGGUGGUGACGACGCCGGACGGCACGGUGACCGCGAGCGGGGGGUACUCGCCGUGGGGGGACGACGACGCGCCGAGGUGGAUGGACGGCGACGCGGAACUGAAGUGCGGGCGGCUGCGGUUGGAGAAUUUAGUCUUGAGGAACGGGUGGUCGGAGACGCACGGCGGCGCCGCCGCGGCCGCCGUCGGCGGGGAGCUGUCGAUGCGGGGAUGCGUCGUCGAGGGGUGCGCGACGGGGGCGCGGGCGGGUCGAGGCGGUGCGGUGGCGAACUUUGGCGGCACGAUAGAGAUCGCGACGUCCGUGUUUCGGUGGAACGCGGCGUCCAUCGCGAACGCGACGGACGAAGGGCCGGGCGCGGAGCUCGGUCCUAAUUUCUGGCACUUCUCCGGAAAGAUGCGCGUGGACGAGCGCAGCGUCUUCGACGAUACGCACCGCUACGUCGUGAGCGCGAGCGAGGCGUUCGGGGCGUGA